AUGCUGGAGCACGUGAACCACCCGUUCAUCUGCAACUUGCGCUACAGCUUUCAGGACAUCGAGUAUAUGUACCUGGUGGUGGAUCUGAUGAGCGGCGGUGAUUUGCGGUUCCACAUUUCAAGAAAAACAUUCACAGAAGAUGCCGCAAGGCAUUGUCCAUCGCGAUGUGAAGCCCGACAACGUCCUUUUGGACGGAGAAGGUCACGUCCAUUUGACGGAUUUUGUAGGUUUCAUGAGCCAUAUGACAGGGCUAGCUACGAGCGUUUGCUAACCUACUCACAGAACGUCGCCUCCGAUAUCAUGCCGGGCAAAAACCUGACAAGCAAGUCCGGCACCUUGGCAUAUCUUGCCCCCGAGGUCUACGCAGGAAACGGCUAUGACGUACGCGCUGAUUGGUGGUCAUUGGGUGUCUUAUUCUACGAAUGCAUUUACAACAAGAGGCCGUUCGAGGGAAAUUCCGAAUCAUCAUUGAGCGCCGUUAUUCAAGCUGCAAAGCCCAGGUUUCCCGUAACAAAUCCUCCGGUGUCGCUUACAUGCAUGUACGCCAUCCAGGCCGCCCUGGAACCCAAUCCGAGCAAACGUAUGGGCCACACAUGGGAGAGCUUCAUUCACAAUGACUUUUUCUCCAUGAUCGAUUUCAUGGCCCUGGAAAGGAAGGAGAUUGAGCCAGUGUUUAUCCCAUCAUCCGAAAAGACCAACUUUGACGCUACUUACGAUUUGGAAGAGCUGCUUUUGGAGGAGGCGCCGCUUGAGGCUCGUGCGCGGAGACAGAAACCUAGGGAAAGGUUAAAGGACGACGCGACAGACAAGGAGAUUCGUGAGGACGAGCUCUACAGGAUGAUAGAGACGGAUUUCCGCAACUUUGACUACACUGUGGCCGCUUAUAAGAAAAUCGCAUCACAAACCACCCAACCAAACGGGCAACCAGCAGCACCAGCAGCCGCUACCGGCAAAGAAAACCUCCAGCCCGGCACCGCCCAAACAACCGACACGGCCACAGCCGCGCCCGCCACGACAAACGGCAACUCCCCAACCGACAGCAACAAACUCACCCGCCCCCCGUCAAACCACUCGCGACGCAGCGCCCCAGGCCGCCCUCCCCCGCUGCCGCCAUACCCCCAGUCUUACAACCCCCGCGCUGGAAACCGUUCGGGACCAGGAAUGAUUGUCGAGUCCCCAACAGGCGGCGUACAGGUUACUCUCGACGGGGGCGGCAGCUGGAGCGACCUUGCCAGACAGGACGCGACACUCCCAGCGGACGCCUCUGGGGCGAAUAACGAACUGGAUGGAAAGGAAAGCGGCGGUGGGGGUGUCUUUGGGUUUUUGAGCAGGAAGAAGGGGAGGGGAAAUAGUCCGAAGCCUAAAGAAAGGGGUGUAUUGGGCAAGGAGGGUGCGAGAGUGGUGAUUGGGUGA